ACUCGAGCAAUUUUGCGUGUGCAGAACGAACUGACACAAGCCUGGCGAAUAACGUUAAUGUCGCCAUGAUUAUUGCGAGCCGUUCACGGCUAGGUGACGUCACCCUAAUGACACUCGUGUUUCUUUUCGCACGAUAUAAUACUUAAGGACCGCACGUUCGACCGAGUCACGACGAGUACUACAAGAAGCAAUGAGGUCGAUCCUGAUAACCGGCUGUAAUCGCGGAUUAGGACUAGGCUUAGUGAAACACCUGGUGAACCAGCCGCAACCGCCACAGAAUAUUUUCGCGACUUGCCGAAACGUGAAUAAAGCAAGGGAAUUAACCGAGCUGGCCGACAUAUCGAAAAAUAUUCAUAUUAUCGAGAUAGAUCUAACUGAUACAGAGGCUUACGACAAAGUAGUGCAAGUUGUCAGUGAGAAAGUGGGAUCUGAUGGGUUGAAUGUUUUGUUCAACAAUGCUGGAGUCAGCCCGAAAUUCACACGACUCCCUCUUGUGAAAGAAGAACAACUUACGGAAACGUAUUUCGUAAAUACUGUAACACCGAUUUUACUGACGAAAGCACUUUUGCCACUCCUGAAAACAGCAGCUAACAAUUAUGAGGACAAGACAAAGAUGAAUGUCAACAGAUCUGCAAUUAUCAACAUGAGCUCUGUCCUUGGAAGCAUUGCAGACAAUACUUCAGGUGGAUUUUAUCCUUACAGAUGUAGCAAGGCAGCGCUCAAUGCAGCAACAAAAUCAAUGAGUAUUGAUUUUAAGGAGGAUGGAAUCCUAGUUGCUUGUUUGCAUCCAGGUUGGGUACGUACGGAUAUGGGAGGGAAUAAUGCACCUAUGGACGUUGAUUCUAGUGUGAAAAAUAUACUCAAUACAUUAAGCAUAUUAACUGAGAACCAUACAGGCUGUUUCAUUCAACACGAUGGAAAAAUUUUGCCUUGGUAAAUGCUCUGUUUAAUUAUUGAAAUUUAAUAAUACAACAAGAGCUAAGAUUAAUAUUUUUAUGUGGAAUUUUAUCUUUAUUUUACAUUUUUAUAUAAACAUCACUUUUUUUCUAAGAAAUCUGUACAACUUAACAUAAUUUUAAUUUUUCUGUAUACAUUAAAUGCAAAUAUUUUGUACUGUGUUAAAUACAAAAGCUUUGUUCAAUCUAUUAAAAUUAAUGUAUUAAUAAGGAUAAUAAACUUGAUUUCACAGUUAAAUAUUCUCCUUUGCAUAGCCUAUAAUAAGUGGAAAAUAUUAAAAUAAUAGUAAAUAAAAGUUCAUAUACAGUUAUCAUACAGAAGUUAUAAUAUCUACUUUAUAUAAUAGUUUUAUUUCAAAACACACACUCAAUAUUAUAAAUGUUAAGUAUAAUAAUUCUCAAAGAAAUAA